CACAUACUUUCAGCACUCUCCACUGACUUGUCUGCCACGCAGACUCUCUCCCACUCUUCGUCUUCUUUCUCUUUUACUUCACGACAAGCUCGAUUUUUGCGCAAUCCAUCACCAUGUCUGAGGAGCAUGAUGUUACCUUCGAGUCCGCCGACGCCGGCGCGUCUCUCACCUACCCCAUGCAGUGCUCUGCUCUGCGCAAGAACGGCUUCGUCGUGAUCAAGGGUCGCCCGUGCAAGAUCGUCGACAUGUCCACCUCCAAGACCGGCAAGCACGGUCACGCCAAGGUCCACCUUGUCGCCCUUGACAUCUUCACUGGCAAGAAGUACGAAGAUCUCUCCCCCUCCACCCACAACAUGGAUGUCCCCAACGUCACCCGUCGUGAGUACCAGCUGCUCGACAUCUCUGACGAUGGUUUCCUCUCCCUCAUGAACGACGACGGUGACACCAAGGAUGAUGUCCGCAUGCCCGAUGGCGAGAUUGGUGAGAAGAUCAACAAGCUUUUCAAGGUUGACGAGAAGGAUACCAACGUGGUUGUCCUUACCUCCAUGGGUGAAGAGGCCGCCAUUGAGGCCAAGGAGGCUCCCAAGCAGGGUUAAAUUAAAUCCUAACUCCCUCACCAAAUGAGCACUACGAAGAUUUAGGAUUUGUUUAUAGCCCCUCGUCACCUCUUUUCCUCCCCACCUCCAGGCGUUUAUUACGGCCGUCGUAACAUCGAAUAUCCUUGGGUUGAUGUAUGGGUCGUUGCGUUCGAAGGUUGAUGGAUGGGAUUUUUUCUGCUAGUUACAAUGCUCGGCAACUCAAACGCCCUUUCUGAGGGCCAUUACAUUUUCCUUUGUACGCUCCACGAGUCAUCGCCAAAGUUACCCAGACAGAUAUGUGUGCGUAGCUGGCCGUCAUGAUGAAAAAUGAAAAAGAAAAAAUGAACGUGC